UCCAGACCACCUUCGUCGAGCCCUUCCAGUAUUAUCCGCCGGACGUCCUCGCUGGAUACUCUUGCUGCUCCAUACCUUGCUGGACAGUGGCCUCGUGAUACUCAUGGACAGGCUGCUCCAUGUAUGAGAGACAAAGCCACACAGACAGAAAGUGCCUGGGCUGAAGAAUAUUUAGAAAAGAAGAGAAGCUCACACAAACGUUCAGCAUCGUGGGGCAGCAAUGAUCAACUCAAGGAGAUUGCAAAGUUGCGCCAGCAGUUGCAGAGGAGCAAACACAGCAGCAGGCACCAUCGUGAGAAGGAGAGACAGUCUCCAUUUCAUGGCAACCACGCCGCCAUCAACCACAGUCAGGCUCCCAUCCCAAAGAGUGCUCUUGUUCCUGUGAUACCUAUUGCCAAAUCAACAGGCUCACGAUUCCGAAACAGUGUGGAAGGAUUGAAUCAGGAGAUUGAGAUCAUAAUUAAGGAGACAGGAGACAAAGAGGAACAGCUCGUUCCCCAAGACAUCCCAGACGGGCACCGUGCCCCCCCGCCGCUGGCCCAGCGCAGCAGCAGCACCCGCAGCAUCGACACCCAGACGCCUGGCGGGGCAGACAGGGGCAGCAACAACAGCAGCCGCUCCCAGUCCGUGUCUCCAACCUCCUUCCUCACCAUCUCCAACGAGGGCAGUGAGGAGAGUCCCUGUUCUGCAGAUGAUCUUCUUGCUGAUCCCAGAGAUAAAGACAAUGGGAAUAAUUCUCCCUUGCCAAAAUAUGCUACCUCGCCAAAGCCCAACAACAGCUACAUGUUCAAGCGUGAACCUCCAGAGGGCUGUGAAAAGGUGAAAGUCUUUGAAGAAAGCUUGCCAAAGCCAUUGCAUGAAAUUCCAGCCUUCUACUGCCCUGACAAGAACAAAGUGAAUUUCAUUCCUAAAAGUGGCUCUGCUUUCUGUCUGGUCAGCAUCCUCAAGCCACUCCUUCCCACACAGGAUCUGACACUGAAGGGCACUGCACACAGCCUGACUGUCUCCUCCGGCGUGACGCCCGGUUUGUUACAGCCCAUUUCUGUGGCCUCCUUGGCUGCAAACACGGAUCAAGACAGGAUCUCUCACGGAACAAGUACAGUAAUACCACAGACCUCUAUACUCCAGCAGUCAGGACACAUUGAGGAAGCUGAAGGAUAGCUGUCUUGACUCUUUGGCUGAGCAACUGCUGGGGAAAAAAUUGAACCAGGUGGCUGGACUUUCCUGAUCACACUAUUUUGCAUAGUUUUAACAAUUUCUGGCACUGUCAUAAUUGAACUGUUUGUAUAAAUGACAGUUUGGUAGCACAUAUUGAAGUCCAGGAGGAUGCAGCAGCUGAUACUCUGCUUGUGAAGACUCCAGUUCUGAUUCUCUCCUGC